AAAUGAUUGCCAUCUGUGUUAUCUUAUCGCUACAUUUUUUUUCGCGAUGAUUGUUAACUGUUGUGACAAGCUCGUCUCAGUGAACUUUGAAGCUUCUCGGGCUAGUGUAGCUUGCUAGCUACUGUCAAAGAGACGCGGAAGUGAUCGACACAUCGCUGAGUGUGAGUGUAAAAUGUUGUGAUUGGGCGAAAAUGUGUAAAGUACAAAUGCUGAGAGUGUUGGUGAAUCAGCGACUAACUCUGGCUGAUGAAUAAAUAGUCGUAGUGUUGGAAAGAACGAUAGCAGAGUACGAGGAGGAACUUUCUUGAACAAAAGGGGAGAACGAGAGACAACUGCAUCUACUGGACGCUGUUUUCAAGAAGCCUCAAGUUGUGUUACACUGAGCAGUUGUAGAAGCCAAAAACUGCUCCCAGUAUGCAACAGUCAUUACCACUUCAUCUAAAGGCACCAGACUUGAGGGAUGAAUUACGCCAAUGAACGGAACGAGGUGACUUGAGUUUGUCUCAAGUAAAGACAUUUGCUGCCAUGAAUUGGACUAGUGAGCAUCACGCUUUCAUUGUGGAAACGUUUAUCAAAACAAACAAAUCUGUAACUGCAACACAACGAGCGUUCCGUUUGCACUUCAAUCUUGGUAGACAUGAUCCCGUACCAGCUUCAAACACCAUCUUGUUAUGGGUUACCAACUUCAGAGGCAGUCAGUAAAGAAUAGCUUCCCUCUGAGGAGUGGGAGUGGAGCUCCAGGAUGGAGCAGGAGGAGCCACAGCCACCCCACAUUAAAGAGGAAGAGAAGCCACACCCCCCACACAUUAAAAUUGAAGAAGAGGAGCCACAGCGCCCCCACAUUAAAGAGGAAGAGGAGGAUCACAGCAUCAGUCAGGAGGGAGAGCAUCUUGAAGGAUUGGAGGAGUUCCCAGUGAUUGGUGUCCCUGUGAAGAGUGAAGAUGAUGAAGACAAAGGUGAACGUGAGGAGAAGACAGAGGUGGAGCCUCCAAGCAGCAGCUCAACUCAACACAUGACAACAGAAGCUGAUGGAGACCACUGUGGAGGAUCACAAGCAGACAACCUCUUAGCUCCACUAUCAGAUAGUGACGACACAACGUCACACUUUCCUGACACUGAUGAUGAAGACUCUAAAGCUGAUAUGACAUGUCACACUGACAACACACACUUGAAAUGCUCUCACUGUGACAAAACAUUUAAACGCCAUUGUAAUGUUAAAACACACAUGAGAAUGCACAGAGGAGAGAAACCAUUCAUGUGCUCAGUUUGUGGAAACCAAUUCUCUCUGAAGAAAAAUUUGACACAACAUACUAGAAUACACACUGGAGAGAACCGUUUUACCUGUUCAAUCUGUGGUAAAAGAUUCUCUCGAAAGGCAAAUUUGGUAACACACUCAAGAACACACACUGGAGAAAAACCAUAUCCCUGUUCAGUAUGUGGUGUAGGUUUUGCACGAAACAGCGAUUUGAAAAUGCACGUGAGAACACACACUGGAGAAAAACCAUAUCCCUGUUCAGUGUGUGGUGUAGGUUUUGCACGAAAAGGUGAUUUGAAAAUACAUUUGAGAAUACACACUGGAGAAAAACCAUAUUCUUGUUCAGUGUGUGGUACAGGUUUUGCACGAAAAUGUGAAUUGAAAAUUCACAUGAUAAAACACAAAGGAGAAAAACCAUAUUCCUGUUCAGUGUGCAGUAUGGGUUUUGUACAAAAUCAAAAUUUGAAAAUACACUUGAGAAGGCACACUGGAGAAAAAACAUAUUCCUGUUCCGUGUGUGGUAUGGGUUUUAUACAAACUCAGGUUUUGAAAAGACACAUGACAACACACACUGGAAAAAAAACAUAUUUCUGUUCAGUGUGCAGUAUGGGUUUUGCACAAAAUCAAAAUUUGAAAAUACACAUGAGAAUACACACUGGAGAAAAACCAUAUUCCUGUUCAGUGUGUGGUAUGGGUUUUGCACGAAACAGUGAUUUGAAAAUACACAUGAUAACGCACACUGGAGAAAAACCAUAUCCCUGUUCAGUUUGUGGUAUAUGCUUUGCACGAAAUGGUGAUUUGAAAACACACAUGAGGAGACACACUGGAGAGAAACUAUUUAGUUGCAAUGUGUGUGACGUGAGAUUUUCUUAUAAGUACCAGCUUAACAAUCACAAGUGUGCUGGUGAGAACAGCAGCAGUAAAUGAAGCUGCACAAC